CACCUUCAAAAAUGACAAAUUUGAUAAGAGUGUUCAGACCAAGUAAUCUAUGAUCUUCUACCUUGAGGGGUAUACUAAAAUGAUUUGCCAAAGGAGGAUUAGAUGUAAACAGGAGUGUAUACGACAAGAUCACCAUCUCCUUACCCAACAUGGAAGAGUUCCUGCAAGUAGGAUCUGGCUGUCUGGGCUCACCUCUCUGGAAUUGCCCCUUUCUGGAUGGAUGUGUUUUUAAGUGAACAUACACUUUGUUGUCAUCCUCAAUCAUUUCUUAGUACAUAAAAAUCAAGUCAGUUUUGUAGGAGUUCCAUUGUGUGUGUGAGCCUUGUACAAGAUUACCAUUUAUGUGCCUCACAUCACUCACAGAACAAGUUUCCACAAAGACCUGCUUUGUUCUACAGUUGAUCCUCCCUAUGGAAACCAGUUUCUAAACUGUGCAAGCUUUUCAUAAAUCAAGAUGAACUGGUCAGGAAUUGUAUAGAGAAGCAAACAGGAAACCAACUAAUGCUUCCUGGCUGGCAAACAAUGCAUGUUAAUGUACUACAGUCGCAGAAAAUUAAUGCAAAACUUCAUGAUGGAGUAUGUCAACGCUGUAAAGAAGUUCUUGAAUGGCGUGUAAAAUAUAGCAAAUACAAACCACUGUCAAAGCCUAAGAAAUGUGUUAAAUGUUUACAAAAGACAGUAAAGGACUCUUACCACAUAAUGUGUAGACCAUGCGCUUGUGAACUUGAAGUUUGUGCAAAAUGUGGAAAGAAAGAAGAGAUCGUUAUUCCGUUUAAUAAAGAACCAGAAACUUCAGAAAAUACUGAAAAUGAAGGUUCUAACCAUAGAAGAAGCUGCAAACAGAAGGAAGACAGUGAUGAGGACUUUGAUGAGUCUGACUUGGAUGUCGAGGAUGGGGACACUCAGGCCUGACAGCACCCAGUCAGUUGCAGAGGGAGUCAGAAAAGGCUGUUCCAAUAGGCAGAACUGGCUCGUGAGCAAUGUCCGUUAUUUAUCACAUUUGAGUAACAGAAUCUUAAAGGUUUUCACAAUAACACUUAAGCUGUAUAUACAGACUAUGUGUGGGCAUACCAUGGCAUGGUAUAAAACCUACAGAAAUCAUUUAUAAAAACAUAUUACCUAAUGUCAAAUAAUUCAGUGUUGAGAAUUGGUGAUUGUAUCAGAACCAUCUCAUGGAAAACUAAGAUGACUAGCUCAGUACAUUUCCAUAGCCUGACCGUGGGUAUGUGACUUCUUUAGCAAAAGCCCCCUUACAUCAUAGAAAGCAAAACAGUAUUUUUACACACACACACAAUCAUGUGUAAUGAUUUUCCUUCAAAAAAUAUUUUUAUAUACUUUAUUUCAUUUUUUUAACCUUUUCCUAGUUUGGAAAUAUAUGCUUGGAAAAAAUACAUAGACUGUAUAGUUACUAUCUAGAAAGGAAAAUCCAACAUUCAUACUAGAGUGGAGGUACUUGCAGUAUCAGAAACUCCUGUGAAGUUCUCCCUUAUAAGCUUGUCCCUCCCAGAAUUCCAUCAUCCUGAAUUAUCACUUUAUUGCCAGUGUUUUUACUUGUGAACAGUGUAAUUUAGCUUCAUGUGAUUAUUGAAAUUUGUGUUCGUGUGUUUAAAAACCCAAAGCUACAGAAAAGUGGCCAGGUGGUACAAUGGACUUUUCCACACUCUUUAGCUAGAUUCUCAAUUUUAAUGUUCUGUGUUUUCUUUGUGUCUUAAUCUCUAUGAAUGUAUAUAUAACACAUGUACAUGUAUAUAUGUGUGUAUGUAUUUGCUGAGCCAUUUAAAUAAAUGGGAAACUGUGGUUUUGGA